AGGCAAUGAAAAUCAAACUGUAAGUUUAGUUGUAUACUUUGAGGUGAAAAAUAAUAUUUGGAGAGAUGGCAGAGAGUUCAAUCCCAAUUUCAUCCAGUUCAACAUCGCCGGACAAUUCAAACCGGAGACCUAGUUCGGUUCUUAAACUCUUCGGGUUCUCGGUCUCCGAACAAGAAGAAACACAAAACUUGUCGGAAAAUAGAGAUAACAGGAAAUUUGAGUGUCAAUAUUGCCGUAGAGAGUUUGCGAAUUCGCAAGCAUUAGGUGGACACCAAAAUGCGCAUAAGAAAGAGAGACAAAGGGCGAAACGAGCGCAGUUUCAAAGUAUUCGAAGGUUUUCAAGCGGAUCACCGAUACUUACUUCACAUGGAGUCCGACCAGGACCAUUCCUUUACUCAAGUGGUGGUGCACCUGCCGGUAUGAACCCCGGAGCAGGCGGUGGUGGCGCUCCUCGGUUUCAUACACCCAUGUCAACAGAAUACUAUGCACCACAAUCACCUCAUCUACAUAAUCAUCAAAUGUUUCCAUCUUCUGCACCUCAAGCACCUUCUUGGUUCUAUGUUCCUCAUCAUCGGCCGCAAACGUAUAUCGUUGUUAAUGAGAUUGAUACCGGUAACUAUAGCAGCAACACGAUGCUUUCUUCGUCCGGAAAUGAAUUUGCUGGAAGGAAUUCAGAAGUGAUUGAUGUUGGAAUUGAUUUGCAUCUUAGUCUCGGUCCUUGUACUCCUCGAUGAUGAACUAGCUCUUUUUUUCUCCUUCACAUCUUCUAUUUAAUUAGAUAGUACAAAUAUUAUUUUAUAUUUUUCUUGUAAUACUUUGAAUGUAAAUUUUAUUCUUAUUUUUUUCGAGUAUUUUUUUUAGGUAGAGAAGAGAUUGUUUUUAUGUUUCGAUUUUAAUAGUACACAUUUCGUUUGA